AUGAUCUUGCAACAACGUCUAUGCUUAUUCCCGGUCCUAUGUCCGCUGGCCAUUGCCAGCCUGGAAGGAUCUUUUGACCAGUGGCACCCGCCUGGCCCUGGUGAUGUUCGCUGCCCUUGUCCCAUGUUGAAUGCAUUGGCAAAUCACGGCUUUUUACCCUCUAACGGCCGAGGGAUAUCACUGGACAUUACGACUCGCGCACUAAGCGACGGCAUUAACGUGGACCCCUAUGUGUCUAAGCUGCUUUUCAACCACGCUAUCCUGACAAACCCAGACCCAGACGCCAAUACUUUUGACCUAGACCACCUGAACCGUCACGGCAUUAUAGAACACGAUGCCAGCCUUACCCGCCUAGACAACCGAUUUGGGGACCCAAGUGUGUUUAACCAGGAUGUGUUUAUUGAAAGCUUACAGUACUGGCCUGAUUCCGUUGUCACUAUCCGACAGGGUGCUGCAGCGCGGCUAAGCCGCAUCCAGACCUCGGCUAGUACUAAUGUUGAUUUCGAAAUGAGACUAGAGGACAACUUUCGUAGCCUAGGCGAGGUGGCAGGGUUUUACCUAACCCUAGGAGAUCGGGACGCUGGCACAGUGAACCGCACUUGGCUAACUUACUUUCUUGAAAAAGAACGUUUGCCGGUGCCUUACGGCUGGUCGAGACCGCGUGACCCAAUCACACUGGAGGCGCUGCAAAAGGUUAUGAACAAGGUGUACAACGAGACUCAAGACAUAAUCCAGGAGGGGCUCGGCACACGUGGCUCUGGGCCUGAGCUGAGUUGUGAUGCGCAGCGUGUGCUUGGCAGCAUACACUGA